AUGAAAUCAAUAAACCAUCGAAAGAAAGCUUACGCGCUCGUGCGCAGGUAUGCUGAUCAAUUUGCACGUAUCGAAUGUAGAUUAGUGGCUAAUCUAGAUUUUGCUAAACAUCAUGGUAUGAAACCUAAUAUCAAUAUUCAAGAAGAACUGAGUCGAGGUGGCUUCUUCUCGAUACAUUCUGCAUCAUGGGAUGCUGAACAAUCACUUGUCGCCAAAAUUAUACUUGAUCCUAUGGCACAUCCUGAUGUAGCUUAUCUAGAAGCACAUUUUCAUCGUACUGUUGCCAAAUUAAAUAUUGAACGCACGGUACCGCUUCAAUAUCUCUACGAAGAAGAUAACAUACAACAUUAA